AUGUGGAAUAUCGUCGAGAACUAUCUCGAGAGUUACGGCGAUGCCCUUGGCCGCGCGUCCAAGAUCGGCAAGUACUGGAUCUCCAUGUUCACCAUUCUCCGAUUCAUGUUCCUCCUUUCCAUCGCCGAGCCGGCCUGGGGAGGACACGGACUUGAAUGCAACACUGACACGCCCGGCUGUGCCCGUCUUUGUGAAAACAAAUUCUGGCCGCUGAAUCCAACUUCUCUCUGGGAAAUGCAGCUUCUGGCGAUGAUAAUUCCAAUCGGCUAUUUCGUCAUGUACUCAAACUGGAGAGUGGACAAGGUCAAAUUGGCGAUUCAGAAGAAGGAUGAUGAUUACAAAAACCACCCAAAGCGACAAGCGUACUUGACCAAGCUCGAAAAGCGAAAAGAACAUCUCAAGGACGUCGAAGGCGAUCUAAUCCAGGACAAGGUGCAAUUCUACAAGCUCAGGCACAGACCUCAAGCUCGGGCGAAACGAGAAGAGGAGGAAAAACUACUUCUUGAGCGAGAGGAUAAAUACUUUAUGCAACUUUUUCAAACGAUGGAAGAAGAAGAAAUGGCAGAGAAAGAUGUCAACACCGACACUGACUUCGGAUUCGGAGAUGCUCAUGCUAUCAACCAGUACUACCCGAUGUUGUAUUUCUGGUACUUUUGCGUGGUCAUGGUUCGAACGGCGAUCGAGAUCUCUUUUUGCUUCUUUUACUACAUGCUUUACUACCCUAACUUUUUCAUGGUGAUGCCGAUGGUCUAUCUCUGCCACGCUGAUGACGGAGGAGUCUUGAGCCCUUGUAAUGGUAUCGUCGAAUGCUAUGUUGAACGGCCUUAUUCGAAGACCUUGACGAUUUGGUUCAUGUUUGGCUUUUCCUUCUUCACAAUCAUUAUGGGGUUCCUGGAAUUGUGGACCCUUGGAUUGGGCAACUGCUUUGUGUCGUUCAAGAACCGCAAGAUCGACAUCACCAAAGACUACAAAGUCUCAACGAUGGAGCAACAGUUCGCUCAGCAACAAUACGUCCAGGGCGGUGGAUUCGUCCAGUUCCAAGGAACUCGAGUCGAUCACCAACGAGACGAGAUUGGAGACGAUCCGGAAGGACCUGUUCUUAUUGGUAUUUAA